AUGGAUAAUUUUCCACCUCCAAUUAUUUCGUCUUCCGAUGAUAACGAUUCCAAUGACGAUUUUAUUUUGUAUACGGUGUUAUCCGCGGCACGAGACGUGGUACGUGAAAGGGGCGAAAGUUCAAACGUCGACAAGAAGCAUAGAAAAUGGAUCAACCGGGAUCGAGAGGCGGCACAUGAACUUUUGUUGGGAUAUGAUAUAACCGCAGACGUAUCAGAUGAGUAUCUGAAAAUGUCUGAGAGGACGGGUGGAGAGUGUACAUAUUUAUUUUGUGAGUAUGUCAUAGAGUUUUACCAUGACAUAUACUUGCGACAUCCGACUAAAAGCGAUGUUGAACAGUUGUAUGCCGCACAUCAAGCGAAACAUGGUUUUCCAGGGAUGCUUGGUAGCAUUGAUUGUACACAUUGGGAGUGGGAAAAUUGUCCCAACGCGUGGCGUGGCCAGUUCACGCGAGGUGAUCAUGGGGUGUCGGUUGUUAUUUUGGAGGCGGUGGUUUCAAAUGACCUAUGGUUUUGGCAUGCAUUAUUUGGUAUGGCCGGGUCAAACAAUGACUUGAAUGUGCUCCAAUCGUCUUCGAUAUUUAACGAUAUUUUACAGGGCAAAGCACCCGAAAUGCCAUAUGUUGUCAAUGGAAAUGAAUACAAAUAUGAGUAUUACCUAGGUGAUGGGAUAUAUCCAGUAUACGCUACAUUUGUCAAGUCAUAUACAUUUCCGGCCGACGAUAAACGGAAAAUGUUCAAGUUAGCACAAGAAUCUGUAAGGAAGAAUGUAGAACGAGCGUUUGGAGUCCUCAAACAAAAGUGA